GAAGUGGGUCGUCGCGCAGUUGAUCAUGUUAUGCCGCGGCGCCUGAGGCGAUUCAGGUGACUAGUGCGUAAGCGGCGAGCGACACCUGGUGCGGCCCGCUCGGUUCCCGCUGCGCCCGCGACCCCGGCUUCGACGCCAGCUGCGGCCCGGUCGCCGCCUAAACAUGGACUCCGCCGGCCAAGAUAUCAACCUGAAUUCUCCUAACAAAGGUCUGCUCUCCGACUCCAUGACGGACGUCCCUGUGGACACAGCGGUGGCCGCCCAGGCUCCUGCUGUUGAGGGUCUGACAGAUGCCGAGGCGGAGGAGCUCAGGGCUGAGCUUGCAAAGGUGGAGGAGGAAGUUGUCACUCUGCGCCAGGUGCUGGCAGCCAAGGAGAGGCACUGUGGAGAGCUGAAGAGGAGGCUGGGCCUUUCUGCCUUGGAGGGCCUGAAGCAGAACCUGUCCAGGGGUUGGCACGAUGUACAGGUCUCUAACGCCUACGUGAGGACUUCUGAGAAACUUGGAGAGUGGAAUGAGAAAGUGACCCAGUCGGACCUCUACAAGAAGACCCAGGAAACCCUCUCUCAGGCAGGACAGAAGACCUCAGCAGCCCUGUCCACCGUGGGCUCUGCCAUCAGCCGGAAGCUUGGGGACAUGAGAGCUCAAGCAGAGGGGCCGGGGCAGGACCAGGCGCCCCUCCUAACGCUGCAUCUCUUCUCUCCUGCCGCUGCUCUCAGGGCUCGGCCCUUCUCACACUCCUUUAGCAGCCACUCCAUCCGCCACUCCAUAAGUAUGCCGGCCAUGAGGAAUUCUGCCACCUUCAAGUCAUUUGAGGACCGAGUUGGGACCAUAAAGUCUAAGGUUGUCAGUGGCAGAGAGAAUGGCAGCGACAACCUACCUUCCCCGACGGGGAGUGGAGACGGACCCCUGCCCGAUCACACGCCCUUCUAAGCCCAUAGCGGCUUUGCCCGGCCACGGAACAAGCACACCCUCA